AUGUCCUGCCAGCAAAGCCAGCAGCAGUGCCAGCCCCCUCCCAAGUGUCCCCCAAAAUGUCCACCCAAGUGCCCCACCCCAAAAUGCCCACCCAAGUGUCCCCCCAAGUGUCCAGCCCCCUGCCCACCUCCAGUCUCUUCCUGCUGUGACCUCAGCUCUGGAAGCUGCUGUAGCUUAGGGGGCGGGGACUGUUGCAGCUCUGGGGGUUGCGGCGGCUGCCUGAGCCACCACAAGCUCCGCCGAUCUCUUCGGCGCCGUCACCACCACUCUGACUGCUGUGACAGUGGCCACUAUUCUGGAGGCUCCAGCUGCUGCCACAGCUCCGGGGGCUCCGACUGCUGCCACAGCUCCGGGGGCUCCAGCUGCUGCCACAGCUCCGGGGGCUCCAGCUGCUGCCACAGCUCCGGGGGCUCCGACUGCUGCUGA